GACCGGUGAAGAACAUUUGGCGUUCACAUGUCCCACACCAAAACUAGCAGUCUGCUUGACUGCUUUUUUCAUUAUCAACGGCGGCGACCUCGUUUCCUCGUCAGUUUUUUCAUUCAUAGUUAUCACGUGGAUCUUUUCUAAAUUACUGAUGCAAAGAUGACAAAAUCAGACAACCUUACCUCAAACAAUGCCAACUUCCAAGUUUGUGUUGAUUCGCUGAACAGCGAGGGCUGGUAGUUGGAGUUCCAAUCAGACAACCAAUGUUUUCACUUUUCACUUGUAGACAUGGAUGGAAGAACAUAAGAGUCCAGACUGUUCCAAAGAGGAAAAAAGGAGAAGUUACAAACAAUGGGAUUUUUGUUUUCAAUCAUAGGAACCAAAAACCUUGUUCACUUGUGGUAAAUAAAAACCCUUUUUUUUUAAAUAAAAAGCUCCUUGAUUCUCAAACGAUAGAACUAAAUGAAGGAUUUGAAUCAAUAACUCUCUCUUUCUCCUCUUGGACAUCAGUCUGGAAGACCCCGCAAGAGCAAUAAAAACAAGUUAAAUUCAGUUCGAGUGAGGUCAGGGGUGACCACAUUUAUGGUAAGUUUAAGCUGGAACUAACGGUUCUCUUCUAUUACAGCAGGGCAAAUGGGCUAGGAGACAUGAUAUACACGGUCUGAUUCACUGAUUCUGAUUCUUUUUUUUCUUGGAUAUCCGAUCUACAAUUGCUGACAAAAAGGCUCCUUUUCUUCUCUCUGGGUGAUCCGCGAGUGUUUGCUUAUUGAAAGAGACUGUUGGUACAGAGAAAGAGUGUCAGAUGAGUUUCAGGGACGAUUAUGAUUAUGGGAGGGGGGAUCUACGGAAGCCGUUUCUACAUACAGGAAGCUGGUAUCGGAUGGGUUCCAGGAUGGGCUUCAGUGCGCUGGGCUCAUCUCAGGCUAUUCGUGAUAGCUCUAUCUCUGUUGUAGCCUGCGUUUUGGUUGUUGCUUUGGGUCCUAUCCAAUUCGGUUUCACUUCUGGUUACUCUUCUCCUGCACAAUCUGCAAUAAUCAAGGAUCUUGGACUAACAGUCUCAGAGUUUUCUCUAUUUGGUUCUUUAUCAAACGUGGGUGCCAUGGUUGGAGCAAUGGCCAGUGGUCAGAUAGCCGAGUAUAUGGGACGAAAAGGGUCUUUAAUGAUUGCUGCUAUUCCUAAUAUAAUUGGAUGGCUUGCGAUAUCUUUUGCAAAAGAUUCAUCUUUUCUUUACAUGGGAAGGUUUUUGGAAGGUUUUGGUGUGGGAAUUAUCUCUUACACGGUGCCUGUGUAUAUAGCUGAGAUAUCACCUCAAAACUUGAGGGGGAACUUGGGUUCAGUUAAUCAGCUGUCUGUCACACUUGGAAUAAUGCUGGCCUAUCUGCUGGGACUUUUUGUUGAGUGGAGGAUACUUGCAGUUUUAGGAAUACUUCCAUGUACAAUUUUGAUACCCGGUCUAUUUUUCAUUCCAGAAUCUCCUCGAUGGCUGGCAAAAAUGGGUAUGACAGAAGAUUUUGAAGCUUCUUUGCAAGUUCUCAGGGGUUUUGAUGUUGAUAUUUCAAUUGAAGUGAAUGAAAUCAAGAGGUCUGUAGCAUCAACAACUAGAAGAACUACAAUUCGGUUCGCAGAACUCAAACGAAGGAGAUGUUGGUUUCCGUUGAUGGUUGGAAUUGGAGUACUUAUGCUGCAACAGCUUUGUGGCAUUAAUGGUGUUUUAUUCUAUUCCAGUACCAUUUUUGAAGAUGCUGGGGUUAAAUCAAGCAAUGUAGCUACCUUUGGAGUUGGUGCAAUUCAGGUCAUUGCUACUGCUGUAACCACAUGGUUGGUGGACAAAGCAGGGCGCCGUCUUCUGCUUAUAGUCUCCUCUUCUGGAAUGACUCUCAGCCUCCUAGUUGUUGCAGUAUCAUUUUUUUUAAAGGAUGUCGUAUCUAGUGACUCUAGCCUUUACAGCAUUACGGGCAUCUUGUCGGUAGUUGGAGUUGUGGUCAUGGUGGUUGCCUUCUCUCUCGGAAUGGGGCCCAUUCCUUGGGUUAUAAUGUCAGAGAUUCUGCCGAUAAAUAUCAAGGGUCUUGCUGGAAGCAUUGCAACACUUUCCAACUGGUUCAUUGCUUGGGUGGUUACAAUGACUGCCAACCUGCUUUUAGAUUGGAGCAGUGGAGGAACCUUUACGAUUUACAUGCUUGUCAGUGCUUUCACUAUCGUAUUUGUGACCCUUUUUGUACCUGAGACAAAGGGAAGAACACUGGAAGAAAUCCAAUGGUCUUUCAGAUGAGCUUUUCUUCUCCUUAUUUCAUUUUUUUCUUGGAAGAAGCCCAUUUCCUGCAGUUUCCAUUUUGUGAUGAUCUCACAGAUCUCUAGGUGUAUAAUUUUUGUUUGCAACCAUCUUACUUUGGCAUAGAAAAGGAAUAUUCUCUAGCCAGCAUCUUCUGUUCCUGGCUUGUGUUCUAGAUGGCUCAUAUUUCAUCCUCAAACAAAUAUCUGUAUUGUCUGCUUAUUGGAAUGAUUAAUUCAUUUAUAUUCUUUCGAAGGGCAAAUUGCUUUCGCUCUCAUUUUGACAUAUAGACAGAGAAGGCAAGGUAAUGGGCAUCAAGGUUUCGAAACUCAGUCUUUAAACAACGGAUACGAUUCACCAAUUGCAUGUGGUCAUGUUUUCAGUGUCAAGAAAUCUGAUAUUUGUACGUGUCAUUGAGUUUUUCUCCAUCUUUUGAUAUGAAGAUAUGAAAUUGUUAAGUAGGAGAGUAAUUGUCUGAUAGUAGACUGAUGUGAAAAGACUGAGCAAGAUGGGGAAUCAUUCCUUGAACGAAACUGUUGCGAAAUGAAGGUGGUAGAUGCCCUUCACACUAAACCUUAGUAAAGAGUAACUAUGGUUCAAUAUGGUCUUUUUCAUGUUUUAAAUUUUCUUUCUUCUCCCUCGUCCCCAUCCAAUCACAAACCUAUAAAACCUGACAGCAACCCCAGAUAUCCUUCCCCUGGUUUGGUCAAAUUUUCUGUUAUUAUUACGGGCAUGGAUCGCAGGCCAUAUACAAUGCGUUCAGCUACACGAGUACCUUGGUCAUUAUUGCUUCAUUAAGAAUACAUGUUUUGACCCAAUAAGAAUCAGCAGGAAAGCAAGGACCACUUAUCAAUUAUUGCCAUCGUGAUGCUUUCCACUUUUAGCCACAGCACAAUGGUCUGCAUAAAUGAAAUCUGUAAAAAAACCUAACAUGCACUCACCAAUAAUUGCAAUA